CAUGGCGGCGGCGGGCGGCAGGGACACCCUCCCGGAGCACUGGUCGUACGGCGUGUGUCGCGACGGCCGCGUCUUCUUCAUCAACGACCAGCUCCGCAGCACGACCUGGCUGCACCCGCGCACGGGGGAGCCCGUCAACUCGGGGCACAUGAUCCGCUCAGACUUGCCCCGUGGCUGGGAGGAGGGCUUCACGGAGGAGGGUGCCAGCUACUUCAUUGACCAUAACCAGCAGACCACGGCGUUCAGGCAUCCCGUGAGUGGGCAGUUUUCUCCAGAAAAUAGUGAAUUUUUUCUUCAAGAAGAGCCAAACCCACAUAUGUUGAAGCAAGAGCGAAUCCAAAGGCCAUCCAGCAUGGUCAGUGAGACGUCUACGGCGGGGACCAGCUCCACUCUGGAAGCCAAGCCCGGCCCCAAGAUUAUUAAGUCCAGCAAUAAAGUCCACAGCUUUGGGAAGAGGUCCCAGGCCAUUCGGAGGAACCCCAAUGUUCCGGUGGUAGUGAGGGGCUGGCUUCACAAACAGGACAGUUCUGGGAUGAGGCUGUGGAAAAGGAGGUGGUUUGUACUGGCUGAUUAUUGCUUGUUUUAUUAUAAAGACAGCCGAGAAGAAGAGGUCCUUGGGAGCAUUCCUCUGCCCAGCUAUGUCAUCUCCCCUGUGGCCCCUGAGGAUCGCAUAAGUCGCAAGUAUUCUUUUAAGGCCGUGCACACAGGGAUGCGAGCACUCCUCUACCACAGUGGUGCCGGGGGCUCCCAGGCCGAGCAGUCGGGCAUGAGGACCUACUACUUCAGUGCAGACACCCUGGAGGACAUGAACGCUUGGGUCCGGGCCAUGAAUCAGGCCGCACAGGUGCUGUCUCGAGCGUCACUCAGAAGGGGUGUGGAAAAGGUGGAGCGACAGGCCGUCCCCCAGGCCAACCAUGCAGAGUCCUGCCACGAGUGUGGCCGUAUGGGACCUGGACAUGCUCGGGAUUGUCCUCUUCGCAACCAUGAGGACUCCUUCAGUUUCGAGAGGCGGGAACAGGAGGAGGACCGGUACUGCCCGCAGAGGGACUUGACGGAGGGCAAGCGGGACAAGAGCAAGGCCAGGUCCUUGUAUUCCCCCAUUGAGGAUGAUGCCCUGGUGGUGGAUUUCACCAGUAGCUUGAGAAACCAGCAGUCCCAGCCCCAGAGAGCAGAGAGGAAUGGUCUGCCUGGCACAUAUGGCCUGGGAGAGGUCAACGGGACAGGCAGCUACCAGCGGGCCUUUGCUCCCAGAGCCAACCUGGACAAGCACAGCCAGAGGAAGAGCGGCCAGGCCCAAGUGGAGCAGUGGUCGAAGGCCCAGAAGGGGGGCAGCUUGAGCCUGCCCUUGGAACAGACCCUUCCACACCAGGACCCCAGCCAGUCCCUGUCAUUCCCUGGAAACUACCAGACUCUCCCCAGAAGCACACGGCACCCCUCCGGCAGCUCAUCGCCUCCUCCCCGCAACCUGCCAAGUGACUAUAAGUAUGCGCAGGACCGCGCUAGCCACCUGAGGAUGUCAAGUGAGGAGCGCCGGGCACAUCGGGAUGGCACCGUAUGGCAGCUGUACGAGUGGCAGCAGCGCCAGCAGUUCAGGCACGGCAGCCCCACAGCGCCCAUUGGCACCGGCUCUCCGGAGUUCACCGACCAAGGCCGGAGCAGGAGCAUGCUGGAGGUGCCCCGCUCCAUCUCGGUGCCACCAUCUCCCUCUGACAUCCCACCCCCAGGACCGCCUCGUGUCCUCCCAUCUCGUCGGCCACAUACACCUGCAGACAGGGUUACUGUGAAGCCACUGGAACAGAGGAGAAGUGUGGACAGCUCUCUGGGGGAUUCUCCCAAGAAGGUCCGGGGUCAUGCCACUAAGAACUCACACGUGGACCGCCGCUCCAUACCUUCCAUGGGGUACAUGACCCACACCGUCAGUGCCCCCAGUUUACACGGCAAGUCGGCUGAUGAUACCUACCUCCAGCUGAAGAAAGACCUGGAGUACCUGGACCUCAAGAUAAAAAAUAAUGAACCUUUGAUCAACGUGCUUUACAAAGUGCUGAAGAAGUCAGCACGGGGCUGUCGGCCCAGGAGAAGCAUGACAGGCCGGGACCUUCUUAAGGAUCGAAGCCUGAGGCCCAUAAAAAUUGCCGAGAGCGACAUUGAUGUCAAACUCAGUAUCUUCUGUGAACAAGACCGAAUUCUCCAGGACUUGGAAGACAAGAUCCGAGCUCUCAAGGAGAACAAAGAUCAGCUGGAGUCGGUGCUGGAAGUGUUGCACCGGCAGAUGCAGCAGUACCGGGACCAGCCAAAGCACCUGGAGAAGAUCACCUACGAACAAAGGCUGCUGCAGGAGGACCUGGUCCACACCCGGGCCGAGCUCUCCAGGGAGUCCACUGAGAUGGAGAAUGCCUGGAAUGAGUAUCUGAAGCUGGAGGGCGACGUGGAGCAGCUGAAGCAGGCCCUGCAGGAGCAGCACAGACGAGCCUUUUUCUUCCAGGAGAAAUCACAGUUGCAGAAGGAUCUGUGGAGAAUUGAAGACGUCCUGGCAGGCCUGAGCACAAACAAGGAGAACUUCAGAAUCCUGGUGGACUCAGUCAAAAAUCCAGAAAGAAAAACGGUGCCUUUGUUCCCUCACCCAUCUGUGCCUUCGCUCUCACCUCCCGAGAGCAAGCUGGCCCCCAGCCCGCCCACCAGCCCCGUGCGAACCCCCCUGGAAGUCCGGCUCUUCCCCCAGCUGCAGCCCUACCGGUCUCACCCACCCCAGCUGAGGAAGGUGACAUCACCCCUGCACUCGCCUACCAAGACCAAGCCCAAGCCCAAAGUGGAAGAUGAGGCACCCCCCAGACCCCCGCUCCCUGAACUCUACAGCCCUGAGGAUCAGCCCCCGGCCGUGCCACCACUGCCCCGGGAGGCCACAGUCAUCCGGCACACUUCAGUGAGGGGCCUCAAGAGACAGUCGGACGAAAGGAAGCGGGACCGGGAGCAGGGCCAGUGCGUGAAUGGGGACGCAAGGGUGGAGCUUCGGUCCUAUGUGAGUGAGCCCGAGUUGGCGACCUUCGGUGGGGAUACGGCCCAGUCCUCCCUGGGAACCGUGAGUCCCGAGAGCAGGUACCAGACGCUGCCCAGCAGAGGUCUCUCAGGGUCCACGUCACAGCUGCAGCAGUCAUCCACCAUUGCCCCCUACGUCACCCUGCGGAGAGGCCUCGGCACCGAGAGCAAGAUGACCUUCCCUCCCCCUCAGAGACCCAAGAGUGCCUUGGAGCGCCUGUACUCAGGGGACCACCAGCGGAGCAAGAUGAGCGCCGAGGAGCAACUGGAGCGGAUGAAGCGGCACCAGAAGGCACUGGUCCGGGAGCGCAAGAGGACCCUGAGCCAGGGCGAGAGGACGGGCCAACCCUCGUCCCGCUACCACGGCCACACCCUUCCUGGAGAUCUCGGCUCAUGGAAACGCGAGCAGGACUUUGACCUGCAGCUGUUGGAGCGAGCAGUGCAAGGGGAAAGGAAAGACAGGGAGGAGAACGGCUGGCUGAAGGUGCGUGCUGUCCCUGUCACUGAGCUGGACCUGGAACCACAGGACUACGAUCUGGACAUCAGCAGAGAGCUCUCCAAGCCUGAGAAGGUCUCCAUUCCCGAGCGUUAUGUGGAUUUGGACCCUGAGGAGCCGCUCACCCUGGAGGAGCUGCAGGCACGCUACAGGAAAGCAGAGAAGAUUCGCAAUAUCCUUGCCAGGUCCAGCGUUGGCAGCCUCCAGCCCACAGGGGCCCAGGACCGAAGCAGCCUGACGGAUGUGGGCUCACAGCUACAGGAGCAGGAGCGCAUCAUCAACAUCUCCUAUGCCCUGGCCUCGGAGGCCUCACAGCGCAGCAAGCAGGUGGCAGCACAGCAGCUGGCACUCUUCCCGCCUAAAGCCGCCCUGUCCUCCAGGACGGUGCCGCCCUACCCCCCUUUAAGCAACGGACUUCACUACACCUUUGUCUAACACCUGCAACCCAGGCAACGACUGAC